CCAUAUUGAAUAUCGACCUUUGUUUGCACCAACUUCAAGCGGUAGUCGCAUUUCUCUACUUUUUUGCGAGAUUGUCGCUUCUCGUCCACUGUGUGUCUGAUUCUCGAUCUAAAAGAAAACAAUAAUUCGUUUUUUCGUGGAAAAUUCGUUGCCGAGCGUGAACGGCGAAGAAGAAGCAGGAGCCACUUCUAGGCUUUUUGCAAUCCUAGACGAAAGAAACUACUCGUGCCAUUUACUAUCGAUAAUGUCCAUAUCGUGGUCUACUGUUGUUAGUUAAAAGAUAAGUACGCAACCGUCGAAUCAUUAUCAGAAAAACAUCAUCGUGUGGAAAUUCGCGAAAACCAGCCUGUGUUGCGGCUAGAAACAUUAAGUCGCAUCCUUAGCAACCAACGUAACGAGACUUUUUCGAUUUUCCAUCUUACAACGGUGGUUACCUAAGCCCUAACAUCCGAGCGUGAAUAUUGUGAACGAUGGUUGACUAUUACAAGGUACUAGAAGUGCAGCGAACCGCUACGAGCGGAGAUAUCAAAAAAGCAUAUAGAAAAUUGGCGUUGAGAUGGCAUCCGGAUAAAAAUCCUGAAAAUUUGGAGGAAGCAAACAAGAGAUUUAAAGAAAUAUCUGAGGCAUAUGAAGUGCUAAGCGAUGAUGCGAAGAGACGAACCUACGACCAACGAUUGUAUCAGAAGGCAUCUUCAAGGCCCGGCCGUGGAUUCACCUACCGGAGUUUCUUUGACUCUCCUUUCCAGCGAUAUUUCGAAAAGAAAAGGAGGGUUUAUGACCAAUAUGGAAAGGAAGGACUUCAAAUGCCUGGUGGCAAGAGGCGACAUAAGGAAGACUUUGAUCCACACUUUGCUGGUACUUUCAUGUUCAGGGAUCCUGAAGAAGUAUUUAGAGAAUUCUUUGGCGGUUCAUCUUUUGAAGAUUUAUUUUCUGACCUUGCUGGAGUUGGUGUGCGUCUUGGAUCACAAAGGCAUAGUCAUCCCAGCAGUAACAGCAUAAGCACGUCCUUCUUUGGUCCAUUAGGAGUUUCUCAUUUUGGUUUUUCACCGCUCAACGAAUUUUUUGAAGGUACAUCAGGAAACUUUACUUCGUUCAAUGCAUUCACAAGUUUCGGUGGAACCAGUGGUGGUGGUGCUGUAAAACGAACAAGUACUUCAACUCGCUUCAUCAAUGGCAAAAAGAUCACUACCAAAAAAGUUUAUGAAAAUGGAAAGGAAACAAUAAUGUCAUACGAGAAUGAUGUGCUGAAAUCAAAGACGGUGAACGGCGUGCCACAAUCAAUAACGUUUGACGAGUCAUCGACAAGUCGCCAGCUGACCGACAGUGCCAGCGAUAUCUCGAUGGCUGGCCAGAACUCGAGAACAGUCCAUGGUGACCAUCAGAAGGCUAGCAGAAUAAAGACGCACCAUCAUCCAGUUCUCACUAAGAAGCACGAUAAGAGUAAGAGAAAAUAGAGGCAACACUCUUACAACCUUCUCUCAUUCGUUUCCUUAUUUUUUUAAUUUUUUUGGUCUCUUUGUUUUUUUUUUUUUUUUUUUCGAAUCAAACGUAAACACAUAUACAUAUAUUACAUACGUACGUGUAUCAUUUAUGAAACUGAUGUUGUAAAUUAUGUCUUUUUCCGCAACAUCGUUUUUGCUAUUGUUUCAAUAAUCGGAAUUAAAAAAAAAAAAAAAAAAAAAAAAAGAAAAAAAGAAAAAAAAAGAAAAACUUUUAGUGGCUUAGCUUCGACUAGCUACACAUGUUCGAUUUGAUCAAUAAAAAAUUCGCUGCAAAAUUCAUUGUAAGAUUUUGCAUCGAAAGUGGUGUGUUUAAUUAAUUCUUGUUUGCUAUUGAAAGAGAGAAAAAGAGAGCGAGAGAGAGAAAAAGAGAGAGAGAAAGCGAGAGAACGAGAGAAUGAGUGAAAGAGUGAAAGAAAGAGAAGAGGCCCUGCUUUCUGUGAAAAAAAAAAAACGGAUAAAAGUUGUUACUACAGAACAUUCUGUUGCGUUUUAUAGAUAGCGCGUCGUUUCCGUUCAAAAUCUGGCGUUUUACUUUUAAUACGGUAAGUUUCGCUUAUUCUAGAUUUCUUAGAGGAUUAAUUCAUUAUAUCGUAAGUUAUAAUUGCUAGAUUUUUAUUUGUAAGUAAGUCGCGUCGUAAUUUCGAACACAUAUAUACACAUCGACUGAGUUUGAACGAAUUUAACAUAUUAUACAUACACAUAUUUCAUUUUUAUGCGAAUAGGACACACACAUACACAUAUGAAUGAAUUCCAUCAUGCGUAUUCGUUUUAAACAUCAAGAUCGAUUUGCUAACAAGUGCUCUUAAAAGAUAAAAUUGUAUUACGACAGUUUUUGCUAUAUUAGAUUUUUUUCCUUUUUUUUUUUAUUUUUGAAAUGCAGUAAAGCAUUCACUAUGGAAGAAAUGUGCUCCAUUUUCUUUAUAAUUGGAUCUAUAAACAAAAUUGACGCAUAAACAGGGCUAAGUUUUUGUGUUGCGGAAAUGUUCCUUCAUAAGCAAUUUAAAUGUCGUAAUCCUAUUUGCUUUUCUUAGUUAGUUUCUUGUGUAUGUGUAUAUAAUAAUAAGCAAAAAAAUGUUAAACGUGGAGAAAAAAAAAACAUCAUUAAUGUAUAUUAAUAUAUUUCAUUACACUUUAUCGAUAUUCAACAUUAUAUUUUGUCUGAUGAUUUUUUUAUGUUUAGAAUAACAAUUAUAUGGAAAAUUCAACGUUAAUUUAAAAUGUUAUAUUGUAUCAAAAUAAUUGUUACUUUAUUUCUUCUUCUUUCCUCAACUUUUGAAUUUCACAAUAUUCGUAUAACAAAAUUUAGAAUAUAAUUUAUAUAAAAACAGUAGGUGAACAAUGUAAAAGUUUAAAUGAAGAGAAAAUUACAUUUCUUUUUUAAUAUUUUCAUCAUUAUACGCUUCGAUGUGGUAUUAAAAAUCGUGUAUAUGUAUUAAGUACAUUAUAAUGCAUAUACUGUAUAUGUUAACUUGUUCCAAGUUAACAACAUCGACGUUGUAUAUAGCUAAUCAGUGAUAGCAAAAUAAAUUCAGCUACCACGAGAAAA